AUGAAGGCAUUAACUCUAUUAUUAUCUGUUCCAUUCACUGCAGCUCUUGCACCUAAGAGAGCCCCUGUCUCCCCUGACACAUUUGCAUCACAUAUCACCUUAUCCGACCUCCUCGAAGGCACGCAGAAACUCCAAGACUUCGCAUAUGCCUACCCUCAACGCAAUCGCGUCUUUGGCGGCGCCGCCCACAAUGACACGCUGGACUACAUCUACCAUGAGCUCAACGCGACGGGGGCAUACGACCUCCACCGACAGCCCCAAAUCCACACCUGGACGAAACACAAUCAAUCAGUGACCACAGCUGAGGGGCACACCAUGACCGCCUACAGCAUGACCCACAGCCCAAGCACGAACGUAACAGCCGAACUGGCCCUCGUCCCGCAACUCGGCUGUAGCGUCAAAGACUACAACGCGUUAGCAGUCGGCAAGAUCCUCCUCACGCGCCGGGGUGGCUGCAGCUUCGGCAAUAAAUCUAUUCUCGCCGCGGCCGCCAACGCCGCGGGCCUCAUCAUCUACAACAACGUCGCCGGCCCGCUGCACGGCAACUUAGGCAGCCCUAACACUACAACCCCCUUCGCUCCAACCAUAGGGAUCAGCCUCCUUGACGGCCAACGCCUUCUGCGCAACAUCACGCCCAACGCCACCUCCGCCAACACGACCACCCCCACCCCAUCUCCACGGAUUACCCUCUAUAUCCACAUCGAAUCCGCCCCCCGCCUGACUUACAACCUCAUCGCGCAGACCAGGGCCGGCAACGCAAGCAACGUGAUCACAGUAGGCAGUCAUACCGACUCCGUGGACGCCGGCCCCGGCAUCAACGACAACGGCUCCGGCACCAUCGGCUGUCUGGCUAUCGCCCGCGCUCUUGCCUCGUCUACAUCCCGUCCCGUCAUCCGCAACGCAGUGCGCUUCCUCUUCUUCACGGCCGAGGAAUUUGGGCUCUUAGGUAGCACCUACUACAUCAAGAAUAUGUCGCCCACCAACCUCACGCGCAUCCGUCUGUAUCUGAAUCUCGAUAUGAUCGCCUCCCCCAACUACGCGUACAUGAUCUACGACGGUGAUGGCUCCCGGUAUAAUGUCUCCGGCCCCCCGGGAUCGGAUCACAUCCAGCACACGUUUCAGGAGUACUUCGAGCGGAGAAAUGUGUCCCACCGCGCGACGCCGUUCAACGGGCGCUCGGAUUAUCGGGCCUUCAUCCGGAAGGGCAUCCCCGCCGGGGGACUGUUCACCGGCGCGGAUGGAGCCAAGACGCAGCGGGAGACGGAGUUGUUUGGGGGUCGGGCCGGGGUAGCGUAUGAUCCUAAUUAUCAUGGCUCUGGAGAUACGGUGGCGAAUAUGGAUCAGGAAGCGUUCUUGAUUAAUGCCCGGGCGGCGGCGUUUGUAGUGGCAAGGUAUGCCGGGGAUUUGGAGGGGAUUCCGGAGCGGAAGGGUAACCGCUCGGAGGUGGAGGGUUUGGGGGGGGGGGAUGAGCUGGGGAGGGUUCAGGACGUGGUUGUCGCUUAG